AUGCGACCCUUACACUACGCUGCCUGGCAAGGGAAGAAGGAACCCAUGAAGCUGGUGCUGAAGGCCGGCUCCUCGGUCAACAUCCCGUCGGACGAGGGACAGAUCCCUUUGCACUUGGCAGCCCAGCACGGACACUACGAUGUGUCAGAAAUGCUCCUUCAGCACCAGUCCAACCCCUGCAUACUGGACAACAGUGGGAAGACUCCUCUGGACCUGGCCUGCGAGUUUGGCCGUGUUGGGGUGGUGCAGCUGCUUCUGAACAGCAACAUGUGUGCAGCCCUGUUGGAGCCCAAGCCGGGGGACAUCACUGACCCAAACGGGACCAGCCCACUGCACCUGGCUGCCAAGAAUGGGCACAUUGAUGUCAUCAGGCUUUUGCUCCAGGCCGGCAUAGACAUUAACGUCAGACGAAGGCAGACCGCCUUGCACGAAGCAGCCCUGUGUGGCAAGACGGACGUUGCCCUCUCUCGCCUCCCGCUUCUCUUCUACAGAGCGGGGAUCAAUGCCCACAUCGGAAUACCUCACAGCCAGACUGACCUGGACAUUGUCCAACAGUUCACGGCCACGCAAGCCAGCAAGGAGAUCAAGCGAUGCUGCGAGACGCUUCGGCCCGCCCUGCAGGUCAGGGCCAUGAAAGAUUAUUGCAACAACUAUGACCUGACCAGCCUCAAUGUGAAAACCGGGGACAUAAUCACGGUCCUGGAGCAGCAUGCCGACGGCCGGUGGAAAGGCUGCAUCCAUGACAACCGGACAGGCAACGACCGCGUGGGAUACUUCCCCUCCACCCUGGUCGAAGCCAUCAGUAAACGCACAGGCAAAUAUCACUCCCGGGGGGCUUCCCAGCCUUCUUUGGGGGGGGGGGGGGCCAGCUCAAUCCCCAGAGCCCCUGCAGAAGAAAUCUGGGUGCUCCGGAAGCCCUUCGCAGGAGGCGACCGCAGCAGUGUGGGCAGCACUGGAAGCAUCACCAGUGGACGGAGCUCAGGCAGUGGGCAGAGCACUGGAAGCGGAGGCCAUGGGGCCCUUCACCCUGGCUCAGAAGGAGUGAAGCUGCUGGCAACUGUCCUUUCCCAGAAGGCGUCUGUGCAAGAAUCUGCUGUGAGCGACGGGCCUGCCAAAGCAGUGGAGUCACCCGCAGGUUCUUCCCGGACGCCAGGAUUGGGCAGCGCACCGUACCCCACCCAGCCAUAUGGGGAGCAGCAGGUCAAGAAGGUGGAGCCGCAGUCUGAGGGAAAGAGCUCAGAGGCCGUCUAUCAGUGGCUGUACAAGUUUCAGCUGCAACUCUACGCCUCCAACUUCAUCAACGCUGGUUAUGACAUUCCCACGAUCAGCCGGAUGACUCCCGAGGACCUGACGGCCAUUGGGGUUACCAAGCCAGGACACCGAAAGAAGAUUGCCUCUGAGAUCAACAACCUGAACAUUCCCGAAUGGCUUCCAGAAUACAAGCCAGCAAACCUGGCUCUCUGGCUCUCCAUGAUUGGUCUGGCACAGUAUUAUAAAGUCCUGGUGGAAAAUGGCUACGAGAACAUCGAUUUUAUCACCGAUAUCACUUGGGAGGAUCUGCAGGAGAUCGGCAUCAUCAAACUGGGCCACCAGAAGAAGCUGAUGCUGGCCGUGAAAAAGUUGGCAGAGAUCCAGAAAGCGGAAUAUAUCAAAUAUGAAUCUGGAACGCUGAAGAAAAAGGGUCCCCCACAGUCACAGGACACGGUGGCCAUAGAGUCUCCUCUGCAGGAAACAGCCGAAUGCCAGUCCCCCAAGAUGUCCACUUUCCAGGACAGCGAUCUGAGCAAUGAACUGCAGGUGGCCAUGACAGGCACCAGUGAAGAGGGGCCCGAGAAACAGGCCAACCAUGUGACGCACUUCCGGGAUGAAACUGUCUACCGGCACCCUUCCCGCCUCGUCCACGAGAACAGCCUGAGUGGGAGAGCUAAGCUGAUUAGUAGCUCCCAGGAGCUGCUGGGAGAUGGACCCAAAUCUCCUGGCCCUGCAGCGUCCAAAAGCCAGGAGCACCUAGUGGAAGAGGGGAAGGAGCCUCCGGGCACCCUGCCCAAGGAGGUGCGGAGCCUCCGCCAUGGCCACAGCAUCAAGAGGGCAAGCGUCCCACCAGUGCCUGGGAAACCACGGCAAUCCUUCCCUCCAGCUGCAGGCCACUACACCCCUCCACAAACUCCCACCAAGCCACGCCCGUCCUCUCCUCAGGCUUUCGGGGUGCCCCAUGCCACAGCCAAAGUUAAACCCACGCCACAGUUGCUGCCGCAGAGUGACCGACCCAUGUCCCCUCGCUCACUGCCUCAGUCCCCAACGCACCGAGGCUUCGCCUAUGUCCUGCCGCAACCUGUGGAGGGAGAGGCUCAAGCUGUGGGCCCCUUGGCUCAAGGUGUGCCAGUCCUGCCCAUCUCCAUCCCAGUGCUGUGCCUGCCACCACAGGCUGCAGAGAGUGAGGAGGAGGCAGGUCGGCCCAAGAAGAGAGCCCACAGUCUGAAUCGCUAUGCAAUGUCCGACAGCGAGCAGGAGCGGGACGAGCUGCUGGUGCCAGAUGCCGGGCCCUAUGCCACUGUGCAGCGGAGGGUUGGCCGCAGCCACUCUGUCAGGGCACAGUCGGGUGCUGACAAGAAUGUGAACCGCAGUCAGUCCUUUGCUGUGCGGCCCAAGAAGAAGGGUCCUCCGCCACCACCGCCCAAGCGCUCCAGCUCUGCCAUCUCCAGCAGCAACAUGACAGACGAUUUUAGCAAAGAGGGAGAGGAGGGAGAAGAGCUGGACCAGAGACAGCCGAGUGAAGGGGGCACCGUGGAGACAGGCAGUGCUGGGAGCGUGAAGAGCAUUGCUGCCAUGUUAGAAAUGUCAUCUAUUGGUGGAGGGGGACGGGCUCUUGCCCUGCAAAAGGGGGCUGACGGGUACUACUUGCAGCCUGGUGUGGUUGUACGCUCUGCCAGUCCGGAACAUGCCCGUGUUGCAACUGUUCUGGCCACCGUCAAGCAUAAAGAGGCCAUCGGUCCAGACGGAGAGGUGGUGAACCGCCGACGCACCAUCAGUGGCCCUGUGACUGGUCUUGUGGCAGCCGCUCGACGUGAACGCUCGGACAGCAUCAAGUCUGACACAGUCAAAGACGGUGGCCCUGUGGAACGGCUGCGGGCAGAGCACAGUGGGAGUGCCCCACAGAACGGUUCAGGAGAAAAUAUCCCCUUUGCCGAGGAGGGCAGCCUGACUAUCAAGCAGCGUCCCCGGCAGAUGAGCCUGGCCAAGGCCGAAGGCGGGGAAGGCUUCUCCCUAGGCCAUAGGCACAGCGACCUUUCCAGAGUGGAAGCCAGCGCCACUCUCAAGCGGAGGAUCCGGGCAAAGCAGUGUCAACAGGACAAUAUCAAGUUCAUCCUCACAGAAUCAGAUACGGUGAAGAGGCGGCCAAAGUCGAAAGACAAGGAGCAGGAGCUGGCCCAGCUCUCAGUGUAUCACAAUGGCAUGGGCACGGUCAAGCGCCGGCCGACCUCUGAGAUGAGUAGCCUGGAGGCUGUGGCCCCCCCCAGAGCAGCAAGUGAGGGGGGAGGGGCUUCGGUUCAGAUCCCCCGCGAAGAAACUAAGAAGCCCAUCAAGCCUCCUGUCUCUCCCAAGCCCAUCUUGCCGCCCAAAACCUCAGGGCCUUCCACACCAACCACCAAAAGAGCUCCGAUUCCGGGCCCUGGCAGCCCAGAGGUGAAACGUGUCCAUGGGACCCCACCACCCACAUCUCCAAAGCCUACACCACCCCCAACUGCUCCAAAGCCGAAGGUCCAUCCUGUCCUCCAAUCAGUCAGUGCCAGCUGCACACCAGCACCUUCACCGGCCAAGCAGCUCACCCCCACCAUCAAGCCUUCAAGCACACCUCCUUCCCUCUGCUCCAGCCCAGCUAAGCCUUUGUCCCCUGGAGGGCAGCCUCAACUGACAGUGCCAGUCAAGCCACCUCGCUCCUCCAUGGCUGGGCCCUCAGUGGAGAGCACCGAGAGCGUGCAUCAGAAACUGGAGGAGACCAGCGCUUCUCUGGCUGCUGCUCUGCAAGCGGUGGAGGAGAAGAUCAAGCAAGAGGAUGGACAAGCAGCAGAUUCCACUGCAGAAUCCAAGAGUACCGUCAGCAUCCUGGACGACAUCGGCAGCAUGUUUGAUGAUCUUGCUGACCAGCUAGAUGCCAUGUUGGAAUGAGAGCUGAAGAACAGUCCGGGCCAACCUCAGGAUCUGCCAUGGGCAUAAGGGCACAAUCACCUCCAUGAAGAUCUUCCCUCCUCCAUUUUUUGAGGUUUGCACAAAGAAGACAAGGUUACCUCAGGAUUGUGUUGAAACAAACUGAGAUGCUUGAGAAAGGCUUUCCUCGGGACCUGUUUUGCAAAGCGAAGAGAGGAACCACAUUUGGGUUUCUUCUCCCAUCCCUUCCAAACACCCGUUUGACCUUAGAGAUCACAGCCUGACUGCAGUUCUCCUCCUGCAGCGGAGUCGGAUGUCAGGGCGGCCUGGGAUGGACAGCGCUUCCAUGGCAACGGGAGAAAGUAAGCUUCACACUUUCUUCAGCAGUUUUCCAGGCGAAGCUACUCCAUCCACUCCAAAGUGGAUUCCUUUCCCCUCUCUCCAGAUUCAAUCCUGAGUUGUUACUGUCCCAAUACACUAUCAAAGUAUGUGGCACAAAAUAAGUAUUAGUCUUCUCCGGUUCUUCAUGUUUUCCGUUUGGGGUGAAAAAUCUCGUCUUAGCAAUGACUAUUUUGCCUUCUGUGUUGGGUGUUUCUGAACUGCACACCGCGCUUCCUUCUAUGCCCAGCUCAUGCGCCCAUCUGCCACUGCUGGAGAUGCUGGUAGAGGCAGCCAUGGAAGGAAGGCUUGGGGGAACCUGUGAGUCGGGUUGGGGGUGGGGCGGGGGAACCUUCAGCAAGCUGCAUGCUUCGUUUCUUUGUCCUGAAGGUGUUUGUCUUCUCCUGGUGAUGAUGAAGCUGUGACUGUAAGAAGUUUCGUUUUGUUAACACGUUCCCCUUUGAGAUACAAGCUCUUUUUUUCUGUUGGUUUGCCUUGGAAAGCAUCGUUCCUGGCAAAAGCUGUGCAAAAAGCUUUGGUAUGUUUGCAUGAUCGAUAAAAGUGUUGAAAUAUGAAAAGAAAAUAAAAACUUGGUGGCGGGUGGGUGGGGUAAAAGCAUCCUGGCCAAAAUCUCCUUGUACAUAAGCCCACAGGUGGCUUCUGCGGCUGCCAAAGAUGGAUGGCAAAUCUCUCUCUCUCUCUCUCUUUUAACCCCUCUCUCUUGAGGCAGUUCUGAGCACAGGGACUUGCCCUGCACUUUCUAUUGCUCUAAGGCACUUCUGUCCCAAAGAGUUCGCCACCGAUUGAACCGUUUAGCCUUCUUAACCUGCCACAACCAUUGGGAGCAUGGGUUGGAGAAGACAUCAUUGACCAGACAGUGGACAGAGAGACAAUAAACCAUCUCCAUGUUCUGGAAACCAAGGGCCAGGAUGGUUCUGUAUUCUGGGUGAGGUUUAAUGGAAGAGAGGCAUUGUCUCUUGGUAUUACACCUGCCGUUUCGGAAGUGCCAACUGAACGAGGUUCAGCUGAGGUUGAAUGGAUUGUAACCAUUGGCUAGUAAUGUCUUGUGCUUCUGGCUCAUGGCUGACACUUGAGCCGCAGCUCUUGCCCUGAUUGAUCCUGCGAGGGAUCUGCCGGCAAUCAGUUAGGAGAGGGCUUCUUUGAGAGGAGGAAUCCUACCGAGUGUAGCACUGUUCUUUCUUUCCAGAAAGGGGCAUCUCCCUUCUCCAUCUUCUGGAUAGGUUGGGCAGAAUUGCUGCUUUUCGUGACUUCCCAGGCAGUGAAAGCACCACCACUUGGUAUCAUGGCCAAUUCAUUUUCUAUCUUCAUCCGCCUUGAGGCUUCGUAGAAUGAGGAAACAUCCUAGUGACGGAAGAACAGAGUCUUCUGUCAGUUCGGAGCUGUCUGCUGUCCUCAGGUUCCUUUGGUUUAUUCCACUUGCGAAUUGGAAGGGUCUUGAUAAGGAAAUAGGGGAGACCCUCAACUGCAAGAGGAAUGCUUGAAUGUUGCAGUUAGGGAAGGACUCUGUCUGGCUCCCACUUCUGGCAGAUGAGCUUCUCGGGAUCUCCUGGCUUCGUCAAGUCGCAUGGGAAGGCUCAGAUCGCCCUCCGGCCAUGUUCUCAGUGAGCUGCUCCACAUCAGCUUCCCUUGGUCUUCCUUCUUGUGGAAUUUAUAAAAUGUCCUGAAGGUUUUUUUUUUUGUUGCGUUGCGAUGGCAAGAAACAGCAUUUAACGAGGAAAGGUAGGUCAUCUUACUUGAAAAAUUUGCUGGGCUCUCUAAACCUUGUGCCCACAGGAGCAUCCUCUGUUUUUAAGGCUUUGGGGCAAGUGUCCAAGACACAUUGUCCUUUGUCCAAGGUCAGUGGGAGCAUUCUUAACCCUUUGACUGCUAUUUCCAAAUGACUCCUUUGCCUACAAAGCUCCAUCAAAGGAAAUUCCCCCAAGUACUCAGAAGGAAUUUUGCCAGUGCCUACUUAUUUUUGACUCUUAGAAUGCGUUUCCUAAUCUUUAGCCUAAACUGGCUUUUAAAUGUUUUCAGCUGGUUGUAUUUCUCUCCCUCGUGCUGUUUUUGUACUUCAGAAUAACUGUGGUUAUAUUUCAUAAGUCAUGCCUCUGAGACCAGAAUCAUCACUCGAAUCAUCGUCCUUUCCCAUGGAUGAAAGUACCGAGGUGCUAGCUAGCUUAAGGCUCUUUUUCCUGAACGUCUUAUCUUCUGGGAAUGGAGAACUUACGGGGCGACAAUCUCCAGCUGGGAAUCAAUGGAGCUUCUUUGGAGGAUGAGAGGGGAAAUGCCACGGCCUCCUCUCUUCGCACUCCUGCCGUCUGAUUUGUAGGGCAUCCAUUUUGAUCAUGGGAUUGGAGCCCUCACCUUUCCCCUCUCCUUCCUCUUACCUGGUGUAGAUCUCAGCACUCCCUUGCUGCUGGGUUCUCGGUUCCCUGCACAUUUCAUUCCGCCGUGUUUUGGUUUUGCUUUAUCAAGUCACCUGGCAAUAAAGGAAAACAAAAAGCAAGAGCUACCAUGCUCAGUGAGAACUUGGGAGCUUUUUCUUGCAGACUCUCCUCAAACAACAUGGUGUGGGUGGGGUUCUUGAGCAGGUGGCAUCUCACCCUCUUAUGGCUGUUUUCAGCCAUGCGGAAAAAUACCAGCGAUAGGAACACCACUUGCGCAUGGGGCUACCACAACUUCAUCUUCUCUUAGAAAAUCAGUUUCGUCUUCUUGACUGGCAGCCCAAGCUCCAAAAUGGGACCCGUCCUUCACUUAUGUGAUCAUUGACAUGCUGGGUUCCUUCCUCUUCGUCUAUUCUUCCCGUCUCUCCAUCUGGCAAAAGACUCCAGAAUAAAGCAGCCCAAAGCAACGGAGGCAAUCUCCCUUCGGCUUGCUACACUCCCCACUCAUGGAUUUCAACCCAUGGGCUUGGAGUAAGAUCUCAGGAGAACUCUUCGUCAUCUUCUGGUAGAGCUACCUUUUUUUGAGAGAUGUCAUGGAGCUUUUUCCACCUUAAAAGAGUAGUGUUGAGAUGUGGUGCUGUUUCUUUUAUUAUUUCACUGGUAGAGCUCUCCUCCUGAGACAGCCGUGGAAGGAAUGUUCUUAUGUGUGCAGAGACUGACAUAGCUUUUCCUUUGGAAGGUGAUGAAAGGGAUGAAGAAAAAAAAAAGCUAUAUAAAAAAAGUAUUUAUUGGAAAAAUAAACUAUUUAAGUGGAGUUUCCCCCAGAGAUAAAUAACAAAAGAAGGAAAGGAGUUUAAUAUAUAUUAAAAAAAGAUUUUAAAAUAUUAUCAAUUGUAUAUUGAACAGUUUUAAAAUAUAAGAUUGAAAGAACUGGAGUUUAGCUUGACUAUUAGACUUAUAAUAAGCUGUUUGUCUUGUGAGGUCAUUUAAAAAAAAGUAGCACAAUGUUUAAAAAGGUAGUUUAUCUUUUUCUUUUUUCAAAGCGUGCAAAACAUUAUGUUAUAUGGAUUUUUUUUGCCAUUUUCUUUUUACAGUUUUAUUGAAAAUCAAAGGAUGUGCCUUGUUUUAAGAAGUUUUGUUUACUCCUACCUGAAAAGUGUGCAUUCUUUUGUGUCUUUUUUAAGUUAUCGGAUGUACAUUUAUAUGCGCCUGUGUAUGUUUGUGAGUGUGUGUUGAAGUGCAUGCGUGUGGAAAUCACUAACAUAUGCCCAGCUCUAUAUUAAUAUACAAAUGGGAGUCAAGUCCAGUUAAACUACGGCUAUUAAGCCUGAAACACCCUAUCUAGUUUUCUUGAGCUGCAGUUAUUGAGAGCUAGAAAUGCUGUGUGAAUGCUGAUCCUGUUACUUUUCUUGACUACGGAUAGUCUUUGCUGAUAUCCAAAAUGUGUCUGGCACAACUUUGAAAUUUCUUAAUUAAAAAUAAAAAUAAAAAGGCAACAUAACAAUAGUUGUUGUAAAAAGAAACAAAAUGUAUAAGAAACUAUUCCAAGAUUCUAAUAUAUACAUACUAUAUAUAUAUAUAUAUAUACACAUUAUAUUUUUAUUAUUAAGUUACGGAUACUGUAUUGUCCCCUUCUGUCAAAGCUAUGCAUUUUCUGCUUCUAACCUUCUUUUCUUGCUGCACACAUUCCACCAGUAUUACUCAUAUUAAUAGCUUUGUGGUGGUGUAAUUUAUUUAUUUAUUGUUGCUGCUUCUUUUAAAAAAAAGAAGUUAUCUGGCUAUCAAUAUUUAAAGACAAAAACGGGGAAGGAGCCCCUGCUAGUCUCUAAUACAGAUACAUGACAUUCACUGUUAAAGAAUACUUUUAUUGUUGAGGUCAGAAAAAAUAACCCACCUCGGAGGCACUGACUUUGGGGGCGUGGGCGUGGUGGAGUCUGGCUGCUUUGGUGCUGAGGGGGUGAAGGGUUGGUGCUGCAGCUCACAGUCCAGGCAAGCAGCUGUGUGGAUGCAUUUAUGACCAUCGGUGCUUAAUAAAACGUCCAGAUUAUCUUGGCCCGCUCAACUCGUGUUUUGGCUCCAGCCGCAGGGGAGAAAACGCUUCCGUGGCGUGAUGGGAAAGGGCUGCUGGGUGCCAGCUGGAGCCAUUGUGAAAGCGGCACAUCUUUAUGUAACACAACCAGGAAGCCGGAACGUGCAACAAUCUGUGAAGCCGAUUCUUCUGCCUCUCCCACUUUUUUACAUCGUACUGAGCAAGAAUAUUUGCAGAGGGGAAAAAAACCACUUCCAAUUAUUUGUGUCACUACCAAUCUCCCACCGUAAUUCAAGGUUUUUUUUUUGGGGGGGGGGGCAAUGCAACUAAGGGAGGCCUUUCCUCCCCUCCAAAGAGGCAGAGGUUGCCCUGUCAUUGUCCCCUCAAUUCCUACCUCUAAAUAUUGUCUCAGCAUUUCUCAAGUUGGAUGCAAAGACCAUUCAGGUUUCGUGCUUCAAAGAGCAACCUUAGGAAGCAGCAUUCUGGGAGAUAAGAACGCCACACGUGAUCCUCAGUUAGACCUGAGCAGCUGAAGAGAGAGGUCAUAGGUGCCACUUUAGCUGGCCACACGUGACCCCACGUAGGCCCCUGCCAAGACAAUUCAGACUUUUGGGUGCUGCAAUAAGCCCCUUGUGCUACGUGCAAAUAGUUUUGCAGGCAGUGGGAUAUUCACUGACUAACGGCAACCCAGGAUGUGCUCAUUACAGAUUGGCCAGGGAGCAUUUGAGUGGCCAAAAUCCAUGGAGGUCAGUCUCGAUUUGUUUUGGGAGGAAGGAGCAGGAUUGGGCCCUGCUCCUGAGGAGUUCUGCCCAUUGGCUGAAAAGCUUCAGGUUUGUCAAUGAGUCAUGCUGGCCUAAAACAAUGGUCCAAUUUUAUUGGUAAGGAAGAAAUAAUCCAAAUCUAUAUCACAAUUUUAAAAACAGUAGAAAAUGUCCGUAAAAACACAACUGUCGGCUCUCCUGCUUUUCCCAGGGAGGCCGUGAUGAUGGGAUGCUCUGAAGAAGGGCGGGGGUGGGGGAAGGUUUAGGAUACCUGAUAAGAAGGCUGGACUGGGGACAUAGAAAUCGUACCGGGUUUUUACAUGAGAGGACAAUGGGUUUUAUCCCCGGCUGUG